AUGGCUAAUGUGUUUGUAUUGUGUUUGACUCUAUAUCAAGUGACAGGGAUUGUUUCAGAAACGUCAUUUCACCAAGGUAUGUUAGCUCAGCGGCCUGAUGACUCAGACCAAACAUUUUCUGCUCAACACAUUGACAGUUUUCCGCACUAUUCUUGGGAGGACAAUGUAAUUUCCAGCAGUGAGAGGUCGGAAACAGAUUUACAUUCAAUAAACCAGAAUGUUUUACGCCUUCAACAAUUGAUUUUUCAACAAUCGGACUUGAUUCAGUUUCUCAUCUCGGGACAAGAUGAGCUGAGCAAAGAAAAUUCAAAAUGGAUCAAACGAUAUAAAAGUACACGGAAAUAUUUAAGAAAAUUGAACCGUGCAUGUGUUUUCCGGCCAUCUGAAACGGAUUAUGUGAUCAAACCUGGUUUGGGAAUACCAGAAAAGCUUACAGUGAAACCAGAAGCUCAUAUUUCAAAAUUUUCCAACCAUGUUCACAACAAAAGAAAUGAUAACAUUAAAGCAAACACGCACAGUGCCGAAUCAAAACCUACUUUAAGUGAAAUUAUAAAAUCGAUACCAUUCACUGAAAACGAAUCCAUGCAAUUAAACAAGCAAGUUAAAAUGGAAGUGGGAAAGUUUGAAAGGCCACAUAUGGCUGCGGAUAGUUAUGAUCCUUUACUGGAAAUACUGCCUUUCAAAGGGGAUACAGAUGAAGAUACUGGUUUAGAAAUUGAUCUGACAAAUGGACAAAUUCAAGGAAAAGACCUAGGAAUUACAUGGGAAGAAAAUCUUGUUUUCGGACAAAAUGUAAAAUGUGGUCUUCUUGGGGUAAUCAAGAUAGAUCUACAAGGUCUCAAUUCUCAGUCUUUAGUUGUUGAUAUGAGGUUUGAUUCACCAGCUGGUUCAGUAUUUAACAUGGCCAACUCACCCUCUAGAGAAAAGACAAUUUAUGAAGUUCGAGGUUAUAACGACGCGUUAGAAGUUUCUAGCAGAUUGAAUAACGACUCUUUGGUGAUUAUUUAUUAUGAAGAGGAUUCUAUUGCUACUAGACUAACAUUGCUUUUCAAUAAUAAAGGUAUCUCAAGAAAAUUGGCAACAGGAAAUUUUAAACAAAUCAAUAACACAGGUGUUGUAUCAACUGUGGACACAUUAUAUUUGAGUAUGAAUAGAGUUAUUGCCCCUGGUGGGUUAUCGACAUCGUCUGGUUUAUGUAAAGUAAAACUUAAUUGGUUGCAACAAUAA